UGGCAGUGAAAUAAAAGGAAAUACUCAUUAGUUAUACAAAGUAUCGGUUGACACAAUCCCUCAAGGCGUGUGUUAUAUAGAGCACGUGAUCCCUAAAACAAUAGUGACAAUAGCUUUUACUUCGACGAGAACAAUAGUUGUCGCUUUGUUAGGAGAAGAGAGCGGACCAUGGCAGCGGAAUGCGAUGUAAAGCCAGACAUUUCUUCUUUGGAAAACGUUCAUGACAACGUCGGGAAGGCGAUAAAACCGCUUUCGAUAACCGAUGGCGAGAAACAAACGUGGCCAGCCACUUCGAAAGAAGUAGAUGUUUUGAGUCGAACAGACCUAGCCAAACAUGGCAAUGGCGCUCUGCCACAUGUAAACGUUGGAAGCGAGGGCGGAAAGCAGUUGAACGGAAGAGAAGGACGAAACGAGAAUGACACUCCGACUAAAUGGCCAGCAACUUUUGACAUGGACGCGAUCGCUCGAGCAGAGCUGGCAAAAAAUAACGAUGGAAGACACGAAGAUAUUGCGAAGCAGUUUGCCAUGGACAACGCGAAGGAAGGCCACAUUAAGAGACCUAUGAAUAGUUUCAUGAUAUGGGCACAAUCUAUGCGUCGACAACUUGCUGAGCAGUACCCUCAUGUUCACAAUGCCGAAUUGAGCAAAAUGCUUGGCAAACUAUGGCGAAUGCUACCCGCCGAAAAGAAGCAACCUUACGUCGAAGAAGCGGCUAAACUAGACAAGCAACAUAAGAAAGACAACCCGGGUUAUAAAUACAAGCCGAAAAGACGGCAAAGAGGAAUGAAACGACCGUAUGGGCAGUAUAGUAAUAUGGUGGGCGGUGGAUUGCCGAGUCCGUGGCAAGAACAACAAUUCUCUAAUGUCACAGUACUAAAACACACUAAUCAAGCAACGUCGACUAUAAUUACACAAGUCCCUGGUUCGGGAAAGAAUAACAUAAACACUCCUUAUGUUUUUGUCCAAGGUGGCAGCGUUAUCAUUAGACCAGAAGCAACGAGUGCAUUGCAGCCAACGUCUGCAACAAAUGGAAUAACGACGACGACGGGCUAUCAGAGUGACAUCGUACGAGUGAUAACUCAACCAACUCAAGCAAUGGCGAGCAUGAACGUUGCUCAAGCAAACGGCCAUGCGAACAUCAAGGUGGAGCCAUGCGAUUCGCCUAAAAAAUCGCCCACGUACAAUUUGCAUGUUCAAACAUCCGUUAUCAAAAGCAACGAGUCUAACAACAACAACGAAAGAAUUUCACGGAUAGUGGAGACCUCCACGGGUAGAAUAGGAGUACAACAGUAAACAUGCGUUGUUGAUUUCGGGUCUAACUAACGAGGUAUUCCAGAUAUGCGAUCUGUUUCAACAUAGUUUUGUUAUCUACGGUUCUCGGGAAUUUACACUACGUUACAAACGUCUGCGGUUGAUCCUGUUAUGUGCGUGUCCAUCACUAAUUUUUUUAUUGUAAGUAUUUCGUUUUUUUUAUUGGUUAAAAAAUGGCGACGACCGAUAUGUGUAUAUCGUAAAUAUUUCUGGGGCUUUUGGACCUUUGUUUGGCAUUCUUUAAUUUCCGCUCUGAUUUAUAAAAGAUAUUUUGUCUGAUACCGUCACCUCGGGGCAAAUACGAGAGAAUUUUGCAGCGUUUUCUUGAAAAAUGAUACAUUCCAAGCGGUAUCUCGAGCAUUUUAACUAUCAAAGCUCGUUGCUUCAGCAUUCUAGCCAUUUAUGUAGUAUUAGUCCGUCUUUACCAGUUUCUUCUGUGACCUUCAACUACAUUCCAAUCGUUUUUUAUCCAAUUAAAGUCAAUAGUUUGUUCUAGACUAUAAAUCCUGUUUAUGCACAGUAUGAAAAUGAUGAGACGGUAUCUUACAUUUUCAUAUUGUCAACAUUAAACAAAGACAAGUACAUUGACAUACAUUGUCAUCAGUUGUACCUAGUGGUUGCACAUGAUAUAAUCCCAAUUGAUUGGUUGUAAGGUCAUGGGAUUGAAGAAGGCAGGUCAUGUAUCAUACAAUUUGAUUAACUGACCAUUUGAAAUCUUCAUAUGCAAACUGGGAAAGGUUUGACUCUAUGGCAUUUCCCCAAUACUUUUAUGUUUCUCGAAAUGAAACAUUUGCCUCGAGGCUUUCUCAUAUUUGAAAACAUGUCACCAUAGCAUCAAUCCCAUUAGCGUUGAACACAUUUAUUUAUUUUUUAAAGCUUUUGACACAAUAAAUGUGCAAACCUUAUUUAUUUAACAAACCUUGCAGAUAGUCUGCAUAUUUGUUUAGCUAGCUCAGAGAAUUGUGAUCUUAAAUAGUAAUAUAUAAUUGCAGAUCAGAUAAAAUCAGUGAUACCAAUGUACUGAUGACGAACUGACAAAAAACAGUGAACUAAACUGUUUCAUUUUAUCAGGCUUAGAGUUACCAAUCUUUCUUUUUGAAACUAUAGCCAUUGCAAUUCUUGUUCAUUGCAAGGUUUUCUGUUGACAAUUUUACAAAUGCAUUGCUUUAUAAACUAUUUACACUUGAUACAAGUUUUUAGUUUGGCUUUGCUAUGUAAUUGCUGUAAGUUUUGACCUCCAUCAAGCCUGUGCAUUAAGCUUGUAGCCAAGUAGUUAGAAAUUUUCUUUGUAAAAUAUUAUUAUGGUGCUGUAUUCACUUUUUGACCAUGUUGUUUCAACAUAUUUGCAUGUUUCACAUUACUUUAAACUAUUUAUGCUAUAUGUACUCUUGUUUAACUUAUCAAACAAUGUUGCUGCUUUGGGAAACUGACAUAAUUACGUUGUAUUGUUUAUUUUUAGUGUUGUAUGUAUAUAUAUACAUAUACAAAGUGUAUAACAAUAUAUAUGUUGAAAAAUAAAAGUUUCUCCGGAUUUUAUAAAUGAUUUUUAUUUUUCAAGCUUAAAAAUAUAUGUAUAUAUAUAUAUUGGUUUUGUUUUUGAUUUUUGUAAUUACUGUGCUCAAUGCAUUAAAGCACAGCAUGAAUAUUGUUAGGAAGAAAGUUCACAAAACUACAAUUUCAUCCCCACAAGCCUGUUUUGUGAUUUCUCCCUCUUAAGAGAUAAUAUAAAAUUAAUACAAAAGCAUGUGUUUAACUACACUUGCCAGAGAGUAAAAUGAAUCCCCCCUGACAAUUAGCUGUUUGUCAGUUUUCCACGUGGCAGCAAUCCUUUUUAUUCUUGUACUUUGAACAAAAUUUUGAUGUAGUGCAUUUGCAUUCAAUAAAAAAAUUUGUUUUUGAA